AAAGAACAACAUCUAUUUUUUUCUACCCAAGAUGAAGAUUGCCGUAAUGUUGCUUGUUUUCAUAAGAGGAAUUGCAGGUGCCACUUUCUUUCUUAAUUAUGAAGCCAAAAACCAGACGCUGAUCUGCAAGGCAUCAAGCCAUCCAGGCGGGACAGCCUGGUGGUUUGGAGAUCACUCUACGCAGAAAUUCAAAAUGUCUAAGGGUGCCGUUUCAACGUGUCCAACAGAGCAGCAGGGAGGUGACCCAUGCUAUACCGAAGGAAAGGAACUCAAUUCUGCUUUUCCUCACGGUCAAAUUGUUGCGUGCAAAUCCCAUGAAAAAAACAAGACGUCUGGGCCCCCGAUAUUUACUAACAAGGAGGACUGCAGGGAAUUUGAUUUCUUCAUUCUAGCAAAAAUGAACCGAACCGAACAGAAACGUCUGCAGGUCAAAGGAAAAAAUUUCAGUCUCCCCUGUGAAUUUCAACUGCAGGAAAACGUAGCAAACUUUGCUGUUUACUGGCUCAAAGAAACGGACCAGACUACUUGCCUACAUUCAGUUUCAAAUGAAGACCAUCACGAUAUUCGUAGCUUUUCCUAUAACAUAAACUGCUGUGUUGAUGCCAAUAUGGAAAACAGAACACUCAGUGAUUCAAAAAUCAUAGACUCAGAAGGACGACACCAAAAUCAUGAGCUUACAAUUGUUGAUGUCAUCCCCUCUGACACCGGGAUAUAUCUGUGUGUGCUCACCAUGUUUGCGAAGCCACAAAACUGGAGGAUUGUGACUAACAUGUCCGUAGAAGUGGAGGAUCCUUCAUCAUCUACUGUGCUGAAAGUUUCUUUGGGAAUCGUGGGAGGUGUGGUUCUGAUCAGCGGGAUUGGGCUGCUUUUUUACUGCAAGAAUCGAAAGGCAACAGCCUCUGAACAGCAUCAAAGGGAUUACACAAUAGCUGAAAGAGAAGUUGAUGACUGCACGCCUUAUGCCAUAUGCAGUCGUAAUGUCAUAGAUGGAAAUCAAGCCAUAUAUUCACUCGUCAUGAAACCGGGGGUGAAUUCAAACAUAGCGUCGUCUCUACCGGAUGACAAACCGGCUUAUGGAACAUGAUGCGGAGAAAAUUUUGAAGCACUCUAUAGUGUUGGGAAUCAGGAUCGAUCUUGAUGACUGCAGUGGGUGGAAUGACCACCUCUGCGUUUGAGUUUCUGCUACAAAGCUGACCUAGACAACCUGCACAGCCCUGGAGUCAACCUAGACAAUGACAAGGUCUGUGGAAUUUCAGACGUAACCGAAGUCUGAAUUUCCGAGCGGAUCUCUAUGGGUUGCGUAUAAGAUUGGUUUGUUUUGUAAUUGGUCAAGGAGAAGUAAACAUGGGCAUUACAUGAGGAUAUGCCCAGCCUUUUCCAACCCAAUCCCCAUCCUUGAAUAAAAAACUCAUUAAUACGGACCCAACUCACCCUGUGCUCGUUGGGUGAUACUCCAACGUCUUGGCGAUUUUUCUUUAUCUGAUAGCUUUUCCAAGAUGCCAUUCUGGCUGUGAUAGUUAACAUGACUUGUCUGUUUCGUGUUUGCAUUCUGCUUUUGACGUUGCUAGAACACAUUGUUAGUGGGUUUAUAUUAUGGAGCUUUGCUGUGUCAUCCUUCCCAUUUCUAACAACAACAACAAUAAAAAGCAUACAACCACCAUCAUGAUGCAAUUGCUUUAAAUGUCAUAAUCACUUCUA